AUGAAUUUGUGGAUUCUUCGAGAAAAAUUUCAACGUUCUGAAAACGAAUUGAAAACGUUAAAUGAUGAUUUGAAACAAUAUGAAUCAGAAAAAUCAACAUAUCAAAAACAACAAGAAAAUAUACAAUCACAAAUAAGCAACACAGACAUAACAUUUAAACGACAUGAAAGACAAAUUCGUGAACAUGAGAAAACAAUGAAAGAAAAUAAAACAGAAAUACAAAAAAAAACACAUGAUUGUCAAACACAACUUGGUACUGUUCAACGUUUAAAACUACAAAUAGAUAGCUUGAAACGUAAUUUAGGUGAUAAACAAAAUAAGGAAAAAUUAACACAACGUGAAUGUGUUAAUCAAGAGGAAUUAAUCACAGCUACAAAAGAAAAUUCAGAUACUUUAAAAGAAGUUGUAAAACAAAAAAAAGCAAACCUUGGUGAUAUAAAGAAAACACUUGAAUCAACCAAGGUUGAAUUAGAGCAUACAAAAUCUAUCAUUAAACAAAAAUUAGCCGAUAAAAAAGAUCUUGAAACACAGCAAAAAUCAAAUCGAGAAGAAUUAACAAAAUGUGAAGAGUUACAUAAAAACACACGCAUCAAAAUACAGCAAGAAGCUACUAAAAUUUCAAAAACUGAACAAAAUUUAUCAAAAUUAAAAGAUUGUGAACAAAAAUUAUUCAAUGAUAUGACACAAAUGGACAAAAAAUUAAAUGAAAAAGGACAAGAAAUACAAAAAAACCAAGAACGACUUAAUGUUCUUACCUCUGAUGGAAAUCGAUUACUCCGGGAAAAAGGGGACGCCGAAAUUCAAAUAAACAAGUCGAAAAAAGAUCUUGAUGAUUUGAAUAAUCAAUUAAAAAACAAUUGUGAUUUAGUCACUCAUAAUGAAAAUAAUUAUCAACAUAUAAAAUCUGAUCUUAUGAAAAAUACUGAAAAACUUCAGUCAAAUGCUCAAUCCAAAUCGAAAAUACUAGACAAAAUUCAAGAACUGGAGAAAAAAAAGACGGAUAUUAAAAUAAACUUAUCCAAAUUCAAUACAGAAUUGGAACUACAAAGAGGAGAAUUAUAUCAAAGUGAAUUAAACCGACGUCAAGAAGUAAAAAAUGUUAAAAUCAAUUCUCAACAAAGAUACCAACAACGUCGAUAA